AUGGAUGAUAAAUUACUCGAUUUCUAUAGCGAUCACAUGCCUUCAAACGUGAUUCAAAAGCUCAAUCAAUGCCUAGAAAAUGCAGAUACCAUGCGGCAAGACAUUUUUUAUCGAGAAAGAACGAUUAAUUUGUUACCUUUGCUUGCGAUGACGACUUAUCCAUCCGGAGUCAUCCCAGACAAAUCACAAAUUUUAAAAUAUAUUAUGUGUCCCGAAAUUCUAUCAACAAGAGACGUAACACCGCAAUUCAUUCAACAUUCUUCGCUUUUUGUCAAUUUUAUUUACACGAAACCUGAAUUAUUCGCAAAAGUAGUCGUUGAUAGGUACGGGCAGCAAGACUUUCAUUUCGUAAUUUACUCAGUUGUACCUGCAUUUUUCGGAUUUUUCGUAACUCUUGAACACGUUGAAGCAUCUCUCGUUUUUUAUCAAGAAGUAAUAAAUAUAGCACCAGCCAAUAUCGCUUCUGUCAUCGUACAGCCAUUAUUUUGCUCAAUGAGCACUUUCGUUUAUAUUGAAGCUGUUAUGACGGAUUUUGGUGCUAAAUUCGGCGUAGAUCCCAAAAUAGAUGAUACUCGUCGCAGAAAAGAUUUGAUAAAACAAUUUUCUAUCGAAUUAUUACAAUUAAUUCGCCAAAAAAUUCAUUUAAUUCCACGACAGAUCCUUGCUAUCUUCCAAUUUACAGUCCAGUCGAAAUGGACAUUACGAGAACUGAUCAGCCUGUUCUUCAAUCACUUCUUUUCCCACUUAUCUUUGGCUUGGGUUGCUUCAUCUCCUUAUUCCCAUCGAGUACCUGUUUUUCAGCAGGUACUAACCGAAGCAACUCAAAAUGUCAAACUUGUUCGUGACAUAUUUAAAAGUUUUCUCGAAGUUGAGUCGAAAUACGAAAUUCCACAAGGAUAUAAGUCAUUUAACCUCGAAUAUACUCAAUUAUUCAUAUCCAUUGCAGACAUCAUAGUCGCAGCCAUCUGUUUCGCGGCUUCAAACAAGUUGCCGAGCUCAUUAACAGAUGUCAAUUACGAAAUCUUUCCUUUGGAGAAAAGAUUCUGUCCGUACACCAUAAAAAUAUACAGGAAAAAUUUACGACAGCCUGCCAAGCCAAACUUCAUCGAUCGCCCGCUCAUUUUUACGAAUUUUACAAAAAUCGACGUCGAAAGUAACAUUAUCUACGACAGAAUAUACAGAAAAUUAUCUUCCGAGAAACUACUUAGCGAUAGAACCACAUACGAGUUCCUUCUCCACGAAUACGAAAAUCCAUACUCCCAAAUGCUUACUGACGUCACGAAGAGCGACCAAUUCAAGCAUUAUACGUUUGCUCUGUCGAUGAACGAGAUGAUUGAGCAAUCCAGGAACUUCGAAGCCCUUUUAACUUUUUCUGUUGCAUUUCACGACUUUGAGCAGUGGAACAAUGCCGAUUUGAAGCGCCAAGUAUCACUAAUGACUCCAAUGGCCCUCAACGCUGCUAAAGCCGCAAUGCAAUACGACCAAUCCAACCUCAGUUUGGCAUUUAAGAGAGCAUCUAAAAAUUUUGUCACCGUAGAGCUGAAAAGACAGCAGUUCUACACCAUAAUAAGCGGAGAAAUACAGACAGCAAUAGAAGCAAGGGCUUCAAAAUUCAAAGAUUUGGAAAAAAAGUGGACCGACCACUUACAGAACUGUUUGAAGAAUAUUGAGACCGGGGAUAUCGAUAGGAUGCCUAAUACGCGCAAAUACAACUUCUGGGUUUGCGUGGAAGAGCUCAGAUCUUUGCCUUGCAUUAUUCCACCGAGACAGUUCGGAUUAUUGGUCUCAACAAUUAAGAAACUCAAAAUGGUCGCAGGGAAUGAUCCGAGAAUCCCUCAAAAAGUUCUGAUUCUCUCGAAUUGUGUCAAAUUACCUGCAAUUUUCCUUGUUUCGGACAAAUUUAUAAUGAAGAACCCAAUAUACGAGACUCUCAAGGACGAUUCGAUCAUUUCCGCGUGGCAACAACUCGGAAAAUAUCUUAUUGAUUUCUUAUCUGGGACAGAAGCGUUCGAAGUCAUGACCAGCCUUGAAUCGGACAUGAACCAGAUACCAGAGUUCACUCAGCAUGUCUCAGAUUCAGAUUCUGGCUCUUCUUCGUCUUGGUGGUUCACUACCAAGUUUAAUGACUACAGAUUGUCAUCGUCUGAUAACAUCUAA